AAACCAUGACUACUGCCAAAGGAAUGGCCAUAGGCAUUGAUCUGGGCACAACCUACUCGUGUGUGGGCGUAUUCCAGCAUGGCAAGGUGGAAAUCAUCGCCAACGACCAGGGCAACCGCACCACGCCCAGCUAUGUGGCCUUCACGGACACAGAGCGUCUGAUCGGCGACGCGGCCAAGAACCAGGUGGCCAUGAAUCCCCAGAACACUGUCUUUGAUGCCAAACGUCUAAUUGGCAGAAAGUUUAAUGAUCCUGUUGUGCAAUCAGACAUGAAACUUUGGCCUUUCCAAGUGAUCAAUGAAGGGGGCAAGCCCAAGGUGCUGGUUUCUUAUAAAGGGGAGCAAAAAGCUUUCUACCCGGAGGAGAUCUCGUCCAUGGUGCUGACCAAGAUGAAGGAGACUGCUGAGGCUUUUUUGGGCUACCCAGUGACCAACGCUGUGAUCACAGUGCCAGCUUAUUUCAACGACUCUCAGCGCCAGGCCACAAAGGAUGCAGGUGUGAUUGCAGGACUCAAUGUGCUAAGAAUCAUCAAUGAACCCACAGCUGCUGCCAUUGCCUAUGGUUUAGAUAAAGCUGGUCAGGGAGAGCGACAUGUCCUGAUCUUUGAUUUGGGUGGAGGAACCUUUGAUGUGUCCAUCCUGACGAUCGACGACGGCAUCUUCGAGGUGAAGGCCACGGCGGGCGACACGCACCUGGGCGGCGAGGACUUCGACAACCGGCUGGUGAGCCACUUCGUGGAGGAGUUCAAGAGGAAGCACAAGAAGGACAUCAGCCAGAACAAGCGCGCGGUGCGGCGGCUGCGCACGGCGUGCGAGCGGGCCAAGCGCACCCUGUCGUCCAGCACGCAGGCCAACUUGGAGAUUGAUUCACUUUAUGAGGGCAUCGACUUCUACACAUCCAUCACUAGAGCCCGGUUUGAAGAGCUGUGUGCAGACUUGUUUAGGGGUACCUUGGAACCUGUUGAAAAAGCUCUUCGGGAUGCCAAGAUGGAUAAAGCUAAAAUCCAUGACAUUGUUUUGGUAGGGGGUUCCACGCGCAUCCCCAAGGUGCAGAGGUUGCUCCAGGACUAUUUUAACGGCCGUGACCUUAACAAAAGCAUCAAUCCUGAUGAAGCAGUAGCAUAUGGGGCUGCAGUGCAGGCAGCCAUUUUGAUGGGUGACAAGUCUGAAAAGGUACAGGACCUUCUUUUAUUGGACGUGGCUCCACUGUCCCUAGGGCUAGAGACAGCCGGAGGUGUGAUGACCGUCCUGAUCAAGCGCAACUCCACCAUCCCCACCAAGCAGACGCAGAUCUUCACCACCUACUCGGACAACCAGCCCGGGGUGCUGAUCCAGGUGUACGAGGGCGAGCGCGCCUUGACACGUGACAACAACCUGCUGGGGCGCUUUGAACUUACCGGAAUCCCUCCUGCACCCAGAGGAGUUCCUCAAAUCGAAGUAACCUUCGACAUUGAUGCCAACGGUAUUCUCAAUGUUACUGCCAUGGACAAGAGCACAGGCAAGGCCAACAAGAUCACCAUUACCAAUGACAAGGGCCGGCUCAGCAAGGAGGAGAUCGAGCGCAUGGUGCAGGAGGCCGAGAAGUAUAAAGCUGAAGAUGAAAAGCAGAGGGAGAAAAUCGCUGCCAAAAAUGCCUUGGAAUCCUAUGCUUUCAACAUGAAGAGUGCUGUGAGUGAUGAAGGCUUGAAGGGCAAGAUCAGUGAAGCUGAUAAGAAGAAAAUAUUGGAUAAAUGCAAUCAGGUCCUUGCAUGGCUUGAGGCCAAUCAACUAGCUGAGAAAGAAGAAUUUGAUCAUAAGAGGAAGGAAUUAGAGCAGGUGUGUAACCCUAUCAUCACAAAACUUUACCAGGGAGGAUGCACGGGGCCUUCCUGUGCACCGGGGUAUGCGUCUGGAAGACCCGCCGCCACGGGCCCCACCAUUGAAGAAGUAGACUAAUCUGUUCUGAAAUUGGAUGGUUCUAGGGUGCCUCUUGGUGAAUUUUGUUCCCUUCAUCUUCAAAUAUUGUUAUGGUUUUUUAAUUGACUGGACCGGAACUCAAGUUAACCAUCUGACAGAGGAGUCUCAAAUAUACCAUCUUUUCACAUUCCAAUAUUCUGUUUUGUGACUCUGAAAUGGACCCCUAGGAAAACCAGGCCCCUCUUUGAACCAUUUAAUGGAUGUUAGAUGUCUACUAUUUAUUUCUGGCACCCCAACUUUCCAGUGUGCAUGAUUACUUGUCACUCAGUAAAUCUGCUCCCAAA